AUGGCAAAAAACUGGUUGAGCCCAGCUGAGAUCGCCCGCGACAGCAAGAUUUUCGCAGCCUUCACCCUUGUCCUCUGUGGAAUGGCUGCCUGGAAUGUCAUCAGCACAUUAACCUUCGACAUCUCAAUUAUUCGAGGAAAGCGUACCUGGCGAUGGCCCAUGGUGCUCUAUUAUGUUUGUCGCAUCUGCAUGCUCUUACACAUUUUCGCCCUUGCUGUCAACCUGAAUGCUAUCAGCCAAAUUCCAUGCCAGGAGGUUACCUGGAUCUCGAAGGUUUCUGACGCCAUUGGAACGUGCGGGUCAUCGCUCAUUCUCAUUCUGAGAACACGCGCGGUGUGGCAUAGAAGCAACAAAGUCACCAUUCCGUUGGCACUUUUAUUUUGUGGUCAAAUCGCCCUCUGGUGCCAAACUUUCAGAUAUUCCAGAGCACAAUGGAACGCACAGAGAAAUGUCUGCGCCGUAGUUUCUACGGCUCCCAAGCCACUCCUGGUUGCUGUCUUUGCGUACACCAUGGCAUUCGAUCUGGUGAUCCUGCUCCUUUGCGCUUUCAGACUCUACAACUCUCGUCGCACGAGCAACUUGUCCAAUUUGCUCCUCCGCGACGGAAUUGGAUAUUUUUGCGCCGCCUUUGGUGCCAAUUUCAUUCAAACCGUCCUCGCUUCUCUCGGUCUCAACCCUGUCAUGAAUAUUAUUGCACUCCCAUUUGCUCUCGUCGUCUCUGUUAUCGCCGCAACCACCGUCUUUCGUAACGUGUUCACGGCUUACGACUCGUUUGCCUUUUCCAGUUCCAACCCAGCAACUGGUUCAGGGUCGAGGAACAACGACAGUGCUCGGGGACCUAAUCACAUCAACCUUUCUCAAACCAUGAUUUCGGCUGGUGAUAUCCCUCUUAGCAACUUUAAAGCCCAGCAGUCUCUAGCUGUGCAUCAGACUAUUGAUAUUGAUGUUGAUGGGGUGCCCAUGUCCCACACCAGAACCCAUGUAAUGGAUCCUGAUGACUUGAGUUUAACCGAGAAAGGGCACGGCUUCUAG